AUGAAGCAACAUAGGAACUUCAAUGCUAUAAUUGCUGUAGAGAAAGAGACAGAGGUUAUUACUCCUGUUAAAAAGCUUAAAGUUGAAGAGGUUGAGGCUUUUGACAAGAUGGUUAGUGCUGAAGAGAUUAAGGGAGUUAUCAUGAGUUUUAAUCCAGAUAAAUCUCCAGGUCCAGAUGGAUUCCUUGCUCAGUUCUUUCAAACUUUUUGGUCAGUUGUGGGAACGGAUGUGAUUGCUGUAGUUCAAUCUUUUUUCAGUACCAGUGUUAUGCCUAUGGGUGUCAGUAGUUGUUUUCUUACUUUAAUCCCUAAGGUAGGCAAUGCUAAGAAGCUUGGUGAGUUUAUACCUAUUGCCUUAUGCAACCUAUUGUACAAGGUUAUUACUAAAAUUAUGGCUAAUAGACUAUCUGUAGUUCUAUCUUCUUUGGUUGGUCCUGAACAAAGUGCCUUUAUGAAAGGUCGAAGAAUUCAGGAUGCAUUGAUUUUGGCUCAUGAAAUGGUUAAGGAUUUUAAAGGUCCUAACCAUGCCUCUAUGGCUCUUAAGGUGGAUAUUAAGAAGGCUUAUGAUUCAGUUUUCUUUUUGCUAAAGAUUCUCAAGGGGUAUGGAUUCAGUGAAGUAUGGAUUGCUUGGAUAUCUAAUAUUCUUACUUCUACUAGAUACUCUGUCUUGAUCAAUGGUUCCCCUCAUGGUUUUAUUCAGCCAGCUUCAGUCUCUAAUGCCAAAAUCUUGGGAGAUUUGUUUAAGAAAUUUGAAGAUUUAACUGGCCUGCAGGUCAGUCCUCAGAAGAGUAGUAUUAUCUUCUCUAGAGUGGUGAGGAGAAAGCAAUCUAUAUUGAGAAUUCUGAACUGCUCUAAAGAUCAUUUUCCCAUCAAAUACUUGGGAUUGCCUCUAUGUUUUACUGGUCUAAAGAAAGCUCACUGUCAAGGCUUAAUUGAUAAGAUCUCUAAUCAGAUCAAUUGCUGGGAAAAAUCUAAAGGCGGAUUUGGUUUGAGGAAACUUAUGGAUAUUCAAGAUGCUUCUAAAGUUGUUUUAACAUGGGAUUUUUUUACUAGCAAAGAUAGGUUAUCGGUGGCAUGGUUCAAGAAUAAAUACACUCCUCACUCAAAUUAUUGGACUGCUAUUCCGAAAGUCUCUUAUUCAGCUAUUUGGAAAUCUGUGGCGGAGAAGAGAGAUAUUAUGUUAGAAUAUGUUAGUUUCCGUAUUGGAACUGGUUCAGUUUUUUCUUUUCAAGAUCCCUGGUGUAAUGGUUUGACAGUUGCUCAGAGGUUUAGCCAUAGAGUGCUAAGGUCUUUAAAUGUUCCUCGAACAGCUGUUUUGAACAUUUUAAUGAGGAAUGGUGGUUGGGAUUUGAACAGAUUGCAAGGCCAUGAUUUACAGCAGCUUAGAGAAUUUCUAGGUUCGGUGGUGAUAUAUACUGAUAUGGAUAAACUUCUAUAG